AGCUGAUGAAUGUUUAUGUGGGAGCGGCCUCAGGAGUUCCGGAUUCAAACAAGAGCCACGGAAAAGUGAGGAAAAAUGAGCAAUGACACCCCGAAUAUAGUCUUCAAUCCCCUGAUAAGCUGCAUCCAGAAGGUGGUGCUCUACGAGACGCGAGCGCGACUCUAUUUGGUGGGCAGCAACAAUAGGGAGACACGGUUCCGCCUCCUGACCAUCGACCGGCUGGCCCACAAUCGGCUGAGCAUCGAGGAGAAUGCCAACGAGUUCAACAACUUGGAGAUUCGCCGCUUCGUGGCCUCCCUCACGGGUUCGCCAAAGGUGACGUCCGCCUAUGGAGUCCUGGGAUUCGUGCGCUUCCUCGAGGGUUACUACCUGCUGCUGGUGACCAAGCGCAAGUGCUGCGCCCACAUCGGCCGCCACCUGGUCUACACCAUCAAGGAUACGGUGAUGGUGCGCGUGAACGAGGUGACUUCGCAGCGUCCACCGCAUCCGCACGAGGAUCGCUACAAGCGUAUGUUCCAGAACAUCGACUUGCGCAGCAACUUCUACUUCUCGUACUCCUACGACUUGACGCGUACGCUGCAGUAUAACGAAUCGCCUCCUCGCUUCGUGGGCGCCAAGGUGGACUUGGACCGGGACGAACCGCUUCCCGACUGGAACACGCUGACCAACAACGUGGCCAAGGCCCACGAGCGGGUGGACUACGCCUUUCGCAGCGACUCGCGCAAGCGGUUCGUCUGGAAUGCCUACCUUCUCCAGCCCAUGGAGGGUAUUAUGCUGAAGGACUGGCUCCUGGAGGUCACUCACGGCUUCGUCAGCCAAUCCUGCAUCAGCAUCUUCGGGCGCCACGUUAACGUGUGCCUGGUAGCCCGCAGGAGUUCGCGCUUCGCCGGAACACGUUUUCUCAAACGAGGAGCCAACUUUCAGGGAGACGUAGCCAACGAGGUGGAGACCGAGCAGAUCGUCAGCGAUGGCCAGAGAAUGUGCGCCUUCACCCAAAUGAGAGGAUCCAUACCGUCGCACUGGUCUCAAGAUAUCAGCAAGAUGGUGCCCAAGCCGCAGAUUCAGCUGGACAUUUGUGAUCCUUAUGCGCAGACCCCAUCGCUGCACUUUGAACGCCUGCUCUUCCAUUACGGGGCGCCGCUUAUAAUGCUCAAUCUGGUGAAGAAGCGGGAGCGGCGCAAGCACGAGUCGAUCAUCUCCAAGGAACUGGAGAACAGUAUUCGCUAUCUGAAUCAAUUCCUGCCGCCGCCGCACCGCAUGAAGCACAUCCACUUCGACAUGGCGCGACAGAGUCGCCUGAGCGGCGGUAAUGUCAUGGAACAAUUGGCCAUUCAUGCAGAGAGCAUUGUCCAGAUGACGGGCAUGUUCUUCAAGGCGGCGGGCAGUGAACCGGGCUUGCAGACUGGUAUCGUACGCACCAACUGCGUGGACUGCCUGGACCGCACGAACUCGGCUCAGUUUGCCAUUGGAAAAUGUGCCUUGGGCCAUCAACUGGAGCGCCUGGGCUUCGUUAAGUCCGCCAAGCUGGAGUUUGACUCGGACUGCGUCACAAUGCUGGAAAACCUGUAUGAGGAGCAUGGCGAUACACUGGCCCUGCAGUACGGAGGCUCGCAGCUGGUGCACCGCAUCAAGACAUACCGGAAGACGGCUCCUUGGGGAUCCCAGGGCAGCGAUGUGAUGCAGACCCUCAGUCGCUACUACAGCAACACAUUUAGCGAUACGGAAAAGCAGCACAGCAUCAACUUGUUUUUGGGCAUUUACAAACCCAGUCUGACAAAGCAGGGUCAACCCAUAUGGGAGCUGCAGACGGACUACGACAUGCACAAUGCCUUCGUUAAGAGAGCUGACAGCAAGCCCCUUACCGACUGGGUGCGCCACAAGGUGCGGGAGUGCCUGCCCUACUCGUGCGCAGACUCCAAUAAACUGGUCAAGGAGCUGUUUCGCGUGCACAGCAGCGGCCUGGAAAUGAUCGAUGCCUACUCCAACUACCAUCAGUCCUUCAAGUGGACGGACCUCAGUGAGCACAUCGCUUUUGAGAUCAGCCAGCUGGCCCUGCGGUAUAUGCCCACAUUCCGCACGAACUACAGUCCAUUCCAGCGGCAGAUCCAGACCUCGCGAAAGGCCCGCCAGAAUCCCUCGAUGACGGGACAAAGUUCCACAGGCUCGAUGAACAGCAACUCCUCCAGCUCGAGCGAGGGCGAUGAUAGCUCCAGCGAUGAGGAGUUGAGUGCCAGUUUUGCCGAGAAGGAAGCCAAUCAGACGGAGUCUACGGAACCUCCGGCCGCCACGCUGGCCUCCGGCCUGCCCUCGAUGGAGGAGAUAUACGGAUGCACCAUCAGUCCGCCCUCCAAGCAAAGCAUGGCUGUCUAUAAGAAGUACGUACAGAUGGGCAAGCUGUCCAGCGGAGGAGCGCGACCCGCCCAGACAGCCGUUGCACAGCGCGAUCAAGAGCUGGCCAAGAUCAUGCGGGGCAUAACCCUGCGUCCGCUCAGCGACUACGGCAGUGACUCCUAUCUCAGCGUGCGUACGCCGGUCGUUCCGCGUCAGAGCCUGCUUAUCUAUGCCGAGUACUGCCGCACUCGGAGCACCUUUAACGCCGUGCCCAAGUUGGAGGAAUUCGAUGUGCUCUAUCAGUAUGUGCAAAAGCUAUAGCUUAAAGUCAGGGAUAUUUAAUGUCCGCACAUUUUGUUGUUCUCAUAAGGUUUUAAAUAUGUUAUUUAUGUAAGUUAAGAGAAAAUCAUUUUAAUCCAA